CGCCCUUCGCAGCUCCACCUCAGUUACAGCAGCCCCGAGGGAGUGGGUAGGAACCACAUUCUACUGAGGGAGUCAGGGCGCUUUCAGAGUGCAGCCUUUUUGUCCCUGCGGGGUGACCGUAGCCGCGGAGAGCCGCGAUUGGUUGGGCGAGAUGCUCUAGGCCGCACUGGUAUUUGCCUGGGCGGGGGCGCGCGAGCUCUUGGCGGGAGGUGGAGGCGAGACCGUGGCCUGGGUUGGCCCAAAGAUAUUAGAGAAUUGCUAAAAUGAGUCUACGAAAGCAAACUCCAAGUGACUUCCUAAAGCAGAUCAUAGGAAGACCAGUUGUAGUAAAGUUAAAUUCUGGAGUGGAUUACCGAGGUGUCCUGGCUUGCCUGGAUGGCUACAUGAAUAUAGCUCUGGAGCAAACAGAAGAAUAUGUAAAUGGACAACUAAAGAAUAAAUAUGGGGAUGCCUUUAUUCGAGGAAACAAUGUGUUAUAUAUAAGUACACAGAAGAGAAGAAUGUGAAGACACCACCAAGGAAUAAUUUUUUUGUACUUUUGUAUUUUUUAAUUUUAAAAAACUUUCCUAUUUUUGUUAUGUAAAAUUUCCUAUUUUCAUUGUUUUCAUACACUGACUUGAGAGGAGGAAGGAGAGAUUUUUUAAAUAUACCUAAUUCAGUUGUACAGAGUUCUUUUAACCUUUAAGUUCUAAUGAUCUUAUGACUGUGUCAGUGAUAAAAAUUAAAAAAUAAUCAUAAAAGGUAAUAGAUCUGUUACCUACUGCUGCUGCAAAAUAUUUUUUUCUCCCAAUUUUAAGUGGUAAUGAAUGUCUAAUAGGAAGAUGUCUUUUUAUUUCUCAUUUCCUUGACUGAAAAUAAAACAGUUGGAUGGGUCAGUAAUUUAGGCAAUUUCAAGAAGUGUUACUCCUUGUUUCAUUGCUUUUCUUCCCUGGCCACCCACAAAUCACAUAUGUAUUAGGGAAAUUUUUCCAAAAAUGAUAACCAGUUUUGGUUAGAAACUUUAAAAUAUCUAUAAAUUUUUAAGUUUAAGUGCUGACCAGUUAAAUUGCCUGGAAGUAGAUAUAAGGGGAAGGGAGAGAGCAAAUUAAGUCUUUCAAAUCAGAUGUAAUGGUGGCAUUUCCAUAAAAAAGGGAUGUGAAGGAAAAGAAUUAAGUAUGAAGAGUUACAGUAUGUAUUUUAAUUCUGUGCCAAUUAAAUAAAAAUUUUUCAUUUGUUAAGUUUA